UCGCUGAAGUUAUCAGUACAAUUGUAGAGCUUGCUUUAGUAACGAUUCGCAGAACGUUCUUUCCCACACCACCUUCAACAAUGAAGUCCUUCUCGUGUCUGUUGGUGCUGGUUGCCUGCGUGGCGAUGGUGACCUGUGCGCCCGUCCAGGAAGGUGAAUCCCGCGUAGUGCGACAGGUUGGCUUCGGCGGAUCGGGAUCGGCGGCCAAUGCUGGCGCUCAGUCGUUCAACCAGGGCUUCGGAGGCUUCCCGGGACACGGUGGCCACGGAGGACACGGUGGGUUCGGUGGAUUCUCGGGAUCGGCUGCAUCAGCCGGCAGCCAAUCGUUCACGCAGGGCGGUGGCCACGGAUUCGGUGGAUUCUCGGGCUCGGCCGCCAACGCAGGUGCUCAGUCCUUCUCGCAGGGCGCUGGAGGAUUCCCGGGCUUCGGAGGCGCUAGUGGAUCGGCCGCCAAUGCCGGUGCCCAGUCGUUCGGAGGAUAAACGCUUCCCAUCGCUCGGCAUCGUCAAGGCCUUUGGUUUGGCCAAGUAUUACCUCAGCCUCGAAACUGGCCCAUUUCCGCACGAACCAGUGUAGGUGAAUGCGUGAAGUUGUAUAGUUUACUGACGUGUGUGUCUUCCCACUCGGGAAUGUUAAUUCAGAUCCCGAAAAAAGUCUUUGUUCUCGUGGAGUAAAAAUAAAAUAAUAAUGUAAAAAUUUA